AAAAUCUAAUUUGUGUAUGCAUAUUAGCCCACUGCAGCAUCGCCAACAGUCGUGUCUUCUUCUUCUUCAAACCAAAUGGCUGGAGUAAUCCGUUGCGCUUGCUUCAUUGCCCGUCCAUAUUCCGUCACUUCGCCGUCGUCCGAUCUCGUCAUCUCUGGCAAUUCUCAUCUUACGGGGAAGUCGGGUUCGCUUUUGUUUAAAGUGGAAAAGUUUGCAUCAUCAUCUGUAAAUGCCUCCAGUGUUCCCUCUCUUUUUCGCCACGAGUUAACAAGGGGCGAAAGUGUACAUCUGAGGCCUGCAGUGCAAGGAGAAGUCGUUCAAGUAUCACCUAUUUGUGAGAAAUUCUUUGAGGAACUAUCAGCUCAUCAGGGCAUUUUAAAAUGUAGAUCCUCGGCAUUGGCAUUUUUUGUUACUAAUGCCUUGAUGUGGAUUGCACCUUUUGAAGCUUUAGCUGAAACAUGUGAGGCCGACAACUCUUUUUUCAACAUGCCUUUGCUGCUAUUUGUGGCUCUCAUAGGAGCCACAGUUGGAGGAUUGCUUGCACGACAGAGGAGAGGGGAAUUGCAGCGGCUGAAUGAACAAUUGCGCCAAAUCAAUGCAGCUUUAAGAAGGCAAGCUAAAAUUGAGUCCUAUGCCCCCAGUUUGAGUUAUGCUCCUGUUGGUAGUAGAAUUGCAGAGAAUGAAGUGAUUGUUGAUCCAAGAAAGCAGGAAUUGAUUUCUCGGUUAAAAACUGGAAAGAACUUUUUGAGGAAUCAAGAUCCAGAGAAGGCAUUUGUAGAGUUUAAGACAGCUCUUGAGCUGGCUCAGAGUCUGAAAGAUCCAAUAGAGGAGAAGAAGGCUGCAAGAGGUUUAGGGGCCUCACUGCAAAGGCAGGGUAAGUAUCGUGAAGCCAUUAAAUAUCACUCUCUGGUUCUUGCAAUUUCUGAACGAGAAGGAGAGAGCUCUGGGAACACAGAGGCUUAUGGGGCAAUAGCAGACUGUUAUACUGAGCUUGGGGAUCUUGAGCGAGCUGGCAAAUUCUAUGACAAGUACAUUGCGAGGCUGGAAACAGACUGAUUAGAUUUCAUAUUUUUCCAUCGCUUUUACCUUUAUUAGCAGGGUAGACCAUUAUAGAGGCUCAUUAUCGAUUGCAGAUGACUUUGUUCUUUCUUCACUUUGAUUUGUUUCCUUGCAAGUUUGUAACCCUGUUUCCGAUCAAAUGGAGAAUGUUACCUCUAAUUAAUGUCUCCAGUAUUUUUGUUUCUGUUUUUUCA